AUGCCUGAAGGCGCUGGCUUCACGGGAGCGACCCAGACGUUCAACACGGCGAGUCUGGGCGAGAUUAUGUCGUCCAUGUCCAGCGAAUUUGCCGAGUCCACUGGCGGUCGAUUCAACACUGGCACGUCUGCCACUCCAGCUUCAACAUCUGACUCCCCUGCGUCGACCUCAGCCGUCUCUGGUGAUGCCGGCUCGUCACAACAGUCUUCUACGACCUUUGCUACCCUCGUAUCCUCAACGCCAGGAGCUUCAGACACUGCAACCCCGAGUCUGAACAGUUACGCAACCAACACAGCGACCAACGCUGCAAGCAGUGCCACCGAUGGGCCCGUCACAGUUUCGGAGAAAUCCUCAUGCACCAACCUUUCCUGCUCACCUGCACUCAAAGCAGCCGUUGCAGUACCCAUCGUCGCUGCAGCCGUUGUGGCCGCACUCUUGUUCUUCUUUUGUGUCAGAAGGAGAAGGAAACGGGCCGGUGCAGAGGUGUCAGAGAAGAGACCGCCGAAAGCAGGAAAGAAGAAGUGGACCAGACAUUUGCGAGCAUUUUCCUUCGACGCGGAGUUGCUCAUGGGCGGUCGCUUCUCCAGCUCGAACAGCCUUCGCAGCCGGGAUCCCAGCGUCCUCAGCCGCUCAGGCACGGCUUCUCGUGGCAGCAAUCACACUGCCGAACCAAGCUUGCACAGUAUUGACGAAGUGGCUCCCCCCUAUCGAGACGCUGUGACGCACGCCGUGCCCCCUAGCCCACAACGAUCAAUACCUGCCAUUACCACCACCGCUGCCGACCCCAUCCCUCGACCGUCUUCUACGGCCACAGCACCCCCUCCUUAUCGAUCGGUUGCUGCUGGCGCGUCACCGGAACCACCCAGCCCAUCCACGGUCAGAAACCCAUUCUCAGACUCAGCACCUGUCAGCCCGAUCGAGGAGUCACCUUUCAAUGACCCGCCGGAAGCGGGUGGGGCGUUGGCACCUACGUUGAGUCGUGGCUCAUCCACGUAUCGCAGUGUCAUGACCGAUGAUGCUACACCGACUGCCUCGGAAGCUGGGAGCAUCAGGGAAGCGAUUGUUGGCAGACGGGUGUCAGUCAGGAAUGCGGGGAGCACGAGCGGCGGAAGUAGCUAA